GCCAUUCAACUGCACACAGAGCACCCAGUCUGCCCCACACCCUGUUGCCUCCUGGGGACCUCACGAGUCAGCGUUACCUACCUGCUGAUCUGGGGAAACCCCUGGAGAAUUUCCAGGCCAGCAUUUUAUAAGAAGCAUUCUCAGCUGGAAGUUACUAUUAGGUGCAAACAAAGGACUCCGUGGUUAAAUAACAUGGGGAAACAUUGUUAAACAGGUUUCUGUACCACAGGACUUCUCAGAGCAUCUAACGUGUUGAUGGGCUGUUCCCUGACUCUCCGUAAGGGGGAUGAAGUGGGCAGAAUCUGCCCCAUGUGUUUGACCACAGGAUGCCCUGACUCUCCGUAAGGGGGAUGAAGUGGGCAGAAUCUGCCCCUCAUUCCUACGCCGGAUGACCCAAGCGUCCGACCACACAUGUGCUCAGGGCACCAGCACAACAGGUGCAUCUCGGACAGGAGAGAGAAAAAUUGCUGUUAAAUAAAAGCAUCAAGGUGACCUUGGGCCAUGGAAAGUCAGAACUUAAUUAGACUUCCUUCUGUGCAUCCUACACUUCAGUGCUGUUUUAUUUUUAAUCUCAUGGGGCAGAGUCUGAGUUUACGUGGGGGCUAAAUGGGUAGGCCUGGGGCCCACAGCAGCCCAGGAGGACCACCCCAGAAGGGGCCCUUCCCCCUUCUCUAGGGAAGGCAGGGCUGUAGGAGAAAUGGCAGUGCCCCACCACCUACUCCUGGGGAAGAAAUGGGCUCCCCACACCGGGUCUUGAUGCGCUUAUGCUGCAAGAAGGGCUCAGGGAUGUGAGGGCUGAGGGCGAGUAUGACCAGGGAAGUGUGCUCAGUGACCCUUCAUUUGUGGGACUGGAGCCGGCAGUGCAUGGCUGCCGAGUUGUAGGAAGUCCCCAGGACUUUCCCUAGUGUUUUAUAAAGAGCAGUCUCCUUACAAACAGCUCCUGAAAGCAAUGGGAGAGAGGGAUUCCUGUGCUCUUUCCACAGUGGGGAACCUGAUGCUGCCACAGAGCUGGAAUUGGAAGCCCAGGCUGUCUGACCUCCCAGCCUGGGCCAGGUGUGGCAGGCAUCAGACCGAUUCAGACAAGGAGCUCAGAGCCGCUGGCACAGGAGGAGGGAGUGGCAGCAAUAUUCCAACUCGGAGGGGCCACCCCCGAGGCAGACCCAAGGACGGGAUGGGUUCCAGGCAGAGGGGACGGUCCACAAAGGCAGGGAAUGCCCUGGGAAGGAGACUCCAGUUCCACACAGGCCUCCUGCAGAACCUACCCCAUGGCAUCGGGCUGGAGGUGGGGUCCUCCUUGGAUGAGCCUCCUAUGGCUGCUGCAACAAAUGACCACAAACUUCGUGACUUAAAGCAGCGUGUUUACUCUCGGACUGCUCUGCAGGCAAAUAAGCUCAGAACAAAAACUCUCCGUAACACUCUGAACCCCACAUGGAACGAGACCCUCACUUACUACGGGAUCACAGAUGAAGACAUGAUCCGCAAGACCCUGCGUGCGUCUGAGGCACUGGCUGUGCCCCUCACCACCGCCCCCGCUAGGAUCUCUGUGUGUGACGAGGACAAAUUCCGGCACAAUGAGUUCAUCGGGGAGACACGUGUGCCCCUGAAGAAGCUGAAACCUAACCACACCAAGACCUUCAGCAUCUGCCUGGAGAAGCAGCUGCCGGUGGACAAGACCGAAGACAAGUCCCUGGAGGAGCGGGGCCGCAUCCUCAUCUCCCUCAAGUACAGCUCGCAGAAGCAGGGCCUGCUGGUAGGCAUCGUGCGGUGCGCCCACCUGGCCGCCAUGGACGCCAAUGGCUACUCGGACCCCUACGUGAAAACAUACCUGAGGCCAGAUGUGGACAAGAAAUCCAAACAUAAGACAGCGGUGAAGAAAAAAACCCUGAACCCGGAGUUUAAUGAGGAGUUCUGUUAUGAGAUCAAGCAUGGGGACCUGGCCAAGAAGUCCCUGGAGGUCACCGUUUGGGAUUACGACAUUGGAAAAUCCAACGAUUUCAUUGGUGGUGUGGUUCUGGGCAUCCACGCCAAGGGGGAGCGCCUGAAGCACUGGUUUGACUGCCUGAAGAACAAGGACAAGCGCAUCGAGCGCUGGCACACGCUCACCAGCGAGCUCCCAGGGGCCGUGCUCAGCGACUGACGCCCACCCGCCACUGCUACCCCUGCCGCCACCUGCGCCCAGCACGGCCGGCCCCGGGCUUCCCCAGCAGCCACCAAGGCCUGUGGCCCCCACACUGGGGGAGAUCCAGAACCCCUGCUUGGACACAGAGCCACUGCAGUCCCCGCUCGGAGGAUGUGGAGGGCUCAGCCACUCUGGGACGGGGAGGGCAAGGAGCUGGGGUGGGGGGCUCUCAGCCCUCUGGGGCCCAAGAGGCCGGUGGUGGAAAGAGACCUCAGCACCUGCCCAGGGGAAGGGGACACGCCCAUCUGGGAGCAAAGACCCUUGUAGAGGCCAGCCCUGGCUGAGAGGACAGGAGUGUGGGGGCGCCUUGGCGGACAGUGGGAACAGAGGAGGGAGGUGGUGAGCAGACAGACAGGUGGAGGAUGGGACCUUGAAGACUGGCUGCUCCAGCCCAAGAAAGCCUGACUGCAUCCCUCAUCUCCUUCGCUGCUGGGCAGAUGGAAGAAGCAGGCCUGCUGGCCGAAAGUCUGCCAGAGUUCCCGGAGGCUCCUGAUGAUGGGUAAAUUGGCACAUGCUUCACUCAAUGAUUCCACAAGCCCUGGGGGUGAAUGAGACACAGGGCCUGCCCUCAGGGAGUUCCCAUCUAGUCAGGAAGCUGGGAACAAACCAUUCCAACUGGGGUGAGAAAUACCAAGACCAGCUUGGCCAGUCUGCAAGUACCGUGGGCUCUGCUGACUCUGCUGGGAGGUCAGGGAAGGCUUCCUGGAGGAGGCGGUGCUUCUCCAAGGCCUUGGAGGGUGAGUGGGGGCUUCUAAAAGCAGUCCAGGCAGUGGGAGUGGUCUAAAACGGCCUGGAGAGAGAAAGCCAAUGGGGCCGGGGUGCUGUGGACCCAGGGUCUCCUCUCCAGGGGAGGGUUUGUUAGGAAGGUGUGAGGCUCGAGGCAGGAGGUGGGGGACGUGAUGGAAACACCAUGGAGAAACUGGUGUAGGCUCAAGUUCAGACCUCAGACCCAAGUCUCCCACUCUGAUCUCUUUCUACUCCUGAGGGGCCUCAAGGACGGAGCCCGCCCCUCCUCCUUCCUGGCAUAAGCAUCAGGUCCGCUGCGGUGGAGAAAAGGGUCCCUUGUGCUUGGGAAAAAAGCAAGCAUUCCUACACGUCCUGACUCUGCCCUCCCCUCCCCUCCCCUCCACUCCCUGGCUCACACUGGGGGCCUCCGGGUGCUUGCUCGUGGCAUCUUGGUCCCACUACCGCCGCAGAUGUCCCUUUUGGGAGUAAUCAGUGGCCGUCCAGGGCCUUGUCCACCCUCCAGGAGCUGAGCAAGAAUCACCCUGGCUGGUGGGCCUGUCUGCUCCCCUGAGUGAGACUCCCCAGGAGGCUUGAGAGUAUCUGAAUCUUGGGGCCCAUGCCUGAAGCCCACAAACUUUCUCUGCCUACCAAGGGCCCCUCAGGAACGCUGGGUGAACAAAUGCAGAGCCAAGGAGUUGCACAGCCAGAGUCCCAGUGUGCUCAGCCCAUCAGUGUGUGAUGGAAACAGGCCCAGAGAGGUCAGGUGACCUGCCCAGGGCCUUCCAGGCCCCACACAGCUGGAACCAGGAUCCACAGCCCCCAGCCCAGAGUGCUGGACACCACGCUUCAGGGGAAUUGGCGUGCUGAGCUCACACCAGAGAGGUCCUGCUAGCUGCCAGCUUGGGGCUCCCCCGCCUGCUGCCCACCCCUUCAACACCGAUAGAGGGACUCACAGGCACGAUGGUGGGACCUUCCACUGCAGACACAAAGCACACCACCACCUGAGGUCCAGGGUUAUGAUUUGAAUCCUACCAAGUGCCCAUCAGGCCUUUCCCAGGUUGCGGGGAAGACAGGACCCCAGCCCCCACACAGUCCCUGGCCACUUGCUGCUCCUGGAGACUUGUCUCCCCACCUUUAGGAAGGGUUUUUAUGUGAAGGUUUUUGCAUGCACUGGUCUGAACGCAUGUUCACAGCCCUGCAAGGUGGGUUUGAUUGGGUCAUCCCCAUCUUGCAGGUGAAACAGGUUCCCAGAGUCUGAGUAGUUUGCCAAGGCCACACAGCCAGGAAGGGGUGAACCAGGACUCAAACCCAGGUCCUCUGACUGCCACUUUCUCUCUCUGGGGGUCGGUACCCCCAGUCCCUUCCCUCUUGGUCUGUCGGAGACUCAGCAGAGACACCAGGUGAAGGCUCAGUAAGCUCAGGUGCGUGAUGGAGACCUGGGGUCUUGUCACUGUCCUGCCACCUCAUCCGCUGGCUUUGAAACCAUCCGUGCUACUUCAGGCUUCCCCAGAGGUGUCUAACCUGGCCCCAAAACUCAGCCACCCCACCCUAGCCUCUGGGGGCUGAGGCAAGGGCUCCUCUUUUCUCCACACAGAAUGGGCACCCUCUGGGGGCCUAAGGUAAGAGGUGGUCUCUUUCUAAAAGGCCUGGUGUCUAGUUAAGCUCUGGGUAUCUUCUUAGCUUUGCUUUUUUGGGGGUCUCAUUCAGAGAGGAGAUUUGACAGCCUCUCUGAAGACACAGAAGUGAAUGGCAAAGCGAGAAGAGGCUGUACCCCCCACCUACCAUGACUUCCCUAUUAGGCACAUGGGGAAUGUGAGGCCCAGUGGGUGAAAGGGGCCUGAAGGGGCACAGCUGGGACAAGAACCCAGAACUCCAGCCCCCCAGUCCAGGGCCCUCUACUGCCCAGGCUGUGCAAAUGGGGUUGGGACCGAAAGAUGGGGACAGUCAGGCUGGGAGGCGGGCUUACUGGCCAGCCAGCCCAGGGGCAGCACAGGAACUCCCCAGGAAGUUUGGAAACCUUCCUUCCCUAGGAUCUCAGCACCCUUUUAGAUCCCGUGCAGAUUGUCUUUCUGUUAAAGCGUUUUGAGGCACGAUGGCUCACGCCUGUAAUUGCAGCACUUUGGGAAGCCGAGGCUGGCGAAUCACCUGAGGUCAGGAGUUCGAAACCCGCCUGGCCAACAGGGCGAAACCCCAUCUCUACUAAAUAUACAAAAAUUAGCCGGGUGUGGUGGCGCACGCCUGUAGUCCCAGCUACUCAGGGAGGCUGAGGCACGAGAAUCGCUUGAACCCGGGAGGUGAAGGCUGCAGUGAGCCAAGAUCGUGCCACUGCACUCCAGCCUGGGCGACAGAGCAAGACUCCGUCUCAGAAAAAACAAAAAACAAAAAACACUUUGAGAAGCUGCAGAAGCGGCUCUGCCUUUGACCCCGAAUGGGCAUCUUUACUCGGGUCCAUCAUCCCCACAAAGACAGGAAAUCUGAUACCAAAAAAAAAAAAAAAAAAAAGUCAUUCCAGGUGUCAGUAACCAGGCGCUGCCUCCAGCCCCGCCCCGCCCGCCGCCCCGCCCGCCGCCUGCGCCAAUCCCCGACGGGCCCGUCUUCCAGCGCCGAAGCGGUCACCUCCUGACCUCUAGUGGCAAGCGCGGGGAACUGCGCCCCGGCCCGUCCGCCAGCUGAGCCCUGGCCGUGCAUGCCGUGCCCGUUGUUCCUUCGCAAACCGAGUGAACCUCCCGAUGCAUGGACUCUGGCUGUCGUCGACGCAGACUCUCGUGCACUGCUUAACCCCGUUUUGCUGCCAUGUGACGGCUGCAGACACUGUCCUCAAACUGCAGUCCCACAGACAAGUUUUGUAUUUUGGUCUGACCUACCCGAAGGUGUCCUUUUUAAGUCUUAUUUGUUAAUAUUUAUAAUGACAUAUAAUCCAAAGUAAAUGGAAACGUCAUAUUGCGA